ACUUCAUUAUGUUUAUGCGUGUUGACAUUUUUACGACUGCAUGUAACUUCGCCUGCCUGCCGUGUUGAUGUUCUCUGUUCUAGUUUGUCGGAGAAAGUUAGUGUGUUAGUUUAUUAGAUUUUAUUUUGUUUAAAGGGAUCUCGCGGUUACCUUCGAUAGGCACUGUAGAGCCCUACCGUACUGAGAAUAUUGUACGAUCCCGGUCAUGGUUGCUUCCGAAUGGGACAAUCUGCGAAAGCAGGCUCGCCAUCUGGAAAAUGAUAUCGAUCUCAAGUUGAUCGCCUUCAACAAAGUGGGAGUCGGUAGCGGUUCGUUAGGAUCGUCUGCGAAUGCCGAACCGGGUUCCGAUGCUGAUACGGCACCUCUACUCGGCGAUCAUGUAUUCGAAUCACUGUCGCUGGAAAUCGAACAGAUGCUGGAUAAACUUUCUAGCAUCAAUGAAAAAAUGUCCGAGAUUCCUAGCAGUGGAGCAGCAGUAAUGCAUGUGCUGCAAAGACAUCGGGAAAUUCUGCACGGCUACCGACAAGAGUUUCUUAAAAUUCAAGCCAAUCACACAACCCGCAUCGAACGGGAAGAACUGCUGCGUGGUUCCGGACUGGGUCCUUCUUCUGCAAGUUCGCCCGCAACGAGCGGAUUGAGCCGAAGAGAUAUGUAUUUGAAAGAGAACACUCACCUUCACAAUUCGAGUUCCAUGGUUAACGACCAGAUUAGCAUCGCAAUGGAAACGAAGGAACAUUUAAGUUCACAGCGGCAACAUUUGAAGCGCUUCCAAACUAGAAUGCAUGACAUUUCACAUCGUUUUCCGAUGAUUUCUAGUCUCGUUCAACGAAUCAAUAUUCGUAAACGUCGAGACUCGUUGAUUCUAGGAGGUGUGAUUGCUGUGUGUACAAUUUUGCUACUUCUCUAUGCUUUUCACUGACCGUCGUAGAAUGGCAGGAAUGUGAGCUAAGGUCACAUUUUAAACUUCACCUUUAUUUUGUUCCCUUAUUAUUAUUAUUAAUACUGGUUUAUAAUCACAACUGAUAGUUUCUAUAUGUACACGGUAUUGACUCAUGUUACAAAAAUAAUCGAUUCCAAGUAGGUCGAAACGAAAGAGUUCUAAACCAAUAGCGCAAUUACUAAAAACGGAAUUAUUGAGAAAUAUACUAUUGAGUCACGGUUGUAAUUUGUGAUAGUAUUUAA